CUUAUCAUUGAUGAUGUGAUGAUGCAUGCAAGAAAAGAAACGCAAACAGAAACAAGGUAGCUCAAUUAAAUUAAAAUCGAGCAAAAAGUCUCUCUUUCUUUCUCUCUCUCUGGCUCCACUUUUGAACCAAGCACUCACGAGACACCCUUGAAGCUUCACCCUUUGAAUUCAUCUUUAUGGUGCUACACGACCUAAUCCUCCUGACCCGUCCUAUUACCUCUUCUAUUCUCAUCUCUAUCUCCUUACAAUUUCCAUCUUCAUCAACCUUCCCUGCAAUUACUUCCAAUUCCUACGUUUCUGUUGCAGAGAUUUCACCCUUCACAGCUUUCAAUUCAUAAACCAAGUGUGCCAAUUGCUUCAUAUGAGCACGUCUUUAUUUUCCUCUCUUGCAAGUCAAAAGGGUCUUCUCUGAAUUCGUAAAUGAGUCAUUUUGACUCCUAUUCUUCUUAUUGUUCUUCAUUUUCUGUUGGAGCCUAUGUUUCGGAAUCGGUUUAUGCACUUCCUGAAAUCGGUUCACACAUUCAGAAGAAAAUCUCCUUUUGACACUUUGUUUUGACAAGGAAAGCAAGCAUCAGUCACUGCACGUAUUUGAUUCAGAGGCAUGAACUUUGGCAGAGCUUCAAUGGGAGGCUCAUGUUUCCAUGCGCUUCGUUUGAGGAGGUUCAAGAGUAAGCCUCUGCCAGAACCCUCUUCUUCUUCGAGGGCAAGGUUGGAUUCUGACUUGGAGAACAUGGAGAGAAGAAGGUUUGACAGCUUGGAAUCAUGGUCCAUGAUAUUGGACUCUGAGAAUGUGGAGACAUGGGAAGCAUCAAAGGAGGAUCAAGAAGAAUGGACUGCUGACCUUUCCCAACUUUUCAUAGGUAACAAAUUUGCUUCUGGUGCUCACAGUAGGAUAUACCGCGGAAUUUACAAGCAGAGAGCCGUUGCUGUAAAAAUGGUGAGGAUUCCCACACAGGACGAGGAGAGAAGAGGCUUGCUCGAACAGCAAUUCAAGUCAGAAGUUGCUUUACUUUCACGUCUCUUUCACCGUAACAUAGUGCAGUUUAUUGCAGCUUGUAAAAAACCGCCAGUGUACUGUAUCAUAACAGAAUACAUGUCACAAGGAACUCUGAGGAUGUAUCUGAACAAGAAAGAACCAUACUCUCUUUCCACAGAAACCAUACUACGGUUAGCUCUUGACAUAUCAAGGGGCAUGGAGUACCUUCAUUCGCAAGGUGUGAUCCACAGAGACCUAAAGUCAAAUAACUUGCUUCUCAACGAUGAGAUGAGGGUUAAGGUGGCAGACUUUGGAACAUCGUGUCUCGAAACACGGUGUCGGGAGACCAAGGGAAACAUGGGAACAUAUCGUUGGAUGGCCCCUGAGAUGAUUAAGGAAAAACCUUACACUCGUAAAGUUGAUGUCUACAGCUUUGGAAUUGUGCUCUGGGAGCUCACCACUGCUUUACUUCCAUUCCAGGGAAUGACCCCUGUUCAAGCUGCUUUUGCUGUUGCCGAAAAGAACGAAAGGCCUCCACUUCCUGCUAGUUGCCAACCAGCGCUUGCCCAUCUGAUAAAACGUUGUUGGUCAGCGAACCCUUCAAAGAGGCCAGAUUUCAGUGACAUUGUGUGCACUCUGGAGAAGUACGAUGAGUGCGUGAAGGAGGGUCUUCCUCUGACUCAUCAUUCAGGCCUUGUCAGCAAAAACAUCAUCAUCGAACGCUUAAAAGGUUGCGUCUCUAUGAGCUCUUCCAUACCUGUACAGGCUUGAUUCCCUAUAUAAGGUAUAUUGCUGUUGUCAUCAAUCAAUCCAUAUUCAAGCUCUUAUAUAAGUUAUAGAUAUUAUAUUAUACAUGCUUCAUCUUCUUUCAACUCUAGUAUCAUGUAACUACCUUUUUCAGUUGUGCCAAAGGGAUCAGUUAUUUCAUUACAGACUCUAGUACAAGUGGAAUUGAUUAUUGCUUCAAUUCUAUGCUACUUUGUUCAUGCAAAAAAAUGUGCGGUUAUACCGUAAUCUGAAGCACUCCAACCUCCAACUACCAUAUGCUAACUAAACUCAACAAAGCAUCACCAUCCAUU